GUUCGCUUGUGAACGCGGUUACACGGUAUGUUACCUGCGACUAACAAGUUUUACUAAGCUUGCUGUAAUUAACAAUGGCAGACGACGUGAAACCGGAAGUGAUUAAAAGAACGCAGGAUUUGCUUGGGAAGUAUUUCAAAAAGCCACCCCUCACCGAGAAAUUAUUGAAGAAACCACCCUUCAGGUUUCUCCACGACAUCAUCUCAGCGGUGAUAAAUAACACAGGAUUCCUAGACGGCCUGUACAGCGAAGAGGAAUUGAAUUCGGAGAAUAUAAAGACCAAAGAGGCGAAGCUUGCGUAUUUGACGAAAUUAAUAGAAGUCGUCGAAUUGACUACCGGUGAUAAUUUAACUGUAAGAGCUAGUAAAAUUAUAUCAGGUCAAGAACCUAGUAAAACGAAUGAAUUAUUGCAAGCAAUUGGGAGAGCUUUGGAUAAAAAGAUAAGCAGUACCGAAGCCAUAGAGCAAUACAAAAUGGGUGUGAGGAAGGAUAAGUCUUCUUCAAGAAGUAAAUCUGUGGCGAAAGAUGAGAAGAAAUCGUUAUCGAAAGAUGCAGUACAAAAUAGAAGAGUCAAGGAAAAAUCGACGGAGAGAUCGACAGACAGAACGGGUAAAGGAAGAUCGACAGAAAGGCUUCCAACGGCUAAGGAGAGAUCAACAGAAGGAAACGCGACUAAAGAAAAAUCAGACACGAAAAAGGGACAUUCUAAUGAAGAUAACUCGACUCGUGACGAAACGCGAAAACACGAGAACCAAGAGCCUCAGAAAAAUACAGACACACCAGAAAUUCGCCAAGUUGAGCAGCGUCCUCCUACUCGAGAAAGAGCUCCUUCGUCCUCGCGUAAAAGAAGAUCUUCCGCUUCCAGGUCAAAACAGAAUCUGUCGUCCGAACCAAAUCUCUUAGAAUUGGAUAAGAAAACAGACGAGAGCAAGAAGCAAAAGGAAUCUGAGAACAAAUCGAAACGAGCAGUUAAUCAAAGUAGCGAAUCGCGUAUUCGAACAUCCAGUGUGGAUCCUACGAACUUGGAAUCGGAAUCCCCGAGUAUUUUAAAAAAUAAUACAGCAAAUGAAACUGCAGAAAAUGUGGAGUACAAGCAAAACGAUGAUAUAGCGAAUAACGAAGUAAUCCCAAAUGUAGAAAAAGCUGAAAGAUCAGUGACAGACAUGCAAGGCUUCCAUUCUGAAGGCAGUGAUACCAGUAUAAGUUCCAGGCCGAGAACUUCCUUGCGACCACCUUCGGCGAGGCCAAUUAGCGCGAGACCCGCGGCGCCGAGGAUACGGGGAAAACCGGAAAUGAUGGUCAACGAAGAAAUACUCACGCCACUGGGAAACAUCACCGUUAUCGUGGAAAAUUCUGAUCUGAAGGACGACGAUGCUGAGGACAUGGUAGUUAUGGAAACUAGAGGAAACGGAAGUGAUGAUUUUGAAACCGGAAGUUAUAAAGUAGAUGAUCAGCUGACGCAAGAACAUGGUCAUCUCGUUGCGCAAAUAUUGGAAACUCAAAAGGAAUUAGUUAAUAACGAUAACGUCGACGUGAUACCGAAGAAAACAAAUAUCUCUUGGGACACGAGCGCAAAGCGUGACGUGGUUGCGAAGGAAAUUGAUAAAUUGCGGAACACAAUACAAACUCUUACUCGUGCGACGAAUCCGCUUGGCAAAUUGUUAGAUUACUUUCAGGAAGACGUAGAGAUCAUGCAGAAGGAAUUGUUUGAAUGGAGGAAUCAAUAUCAGCUACUAAACGAAGAACUAAAAAUAGAGAAGACGAAAACUCAAGAAUUAAUAGAACCUAUGAAAGAAACGCUGAAGGAAAUUGAUCGUAACAUGAAAAUACAAUUGGACAAGAUAUGUCAAGCAAAAUCGCAGAUUAUGAAAAAUGAUCAAAGGAUACAAACAUUACUAAACGGCAGUAUUUAAAAUAUCACCUAUUCCUUUUUUA